CUGUCCUCGUCCCCCAGGGACGGCUCACACAGCCCUUUUAUGACCAGUGAAAUAAUGAAGCAUCUGAUCAUGAAUCUGAGAAUGUUAUUCCUUAGAGCUCCAUCACAAGGAUGAACGUUUAAAAAUCUCUCCCUCCAUCACCCCCUCCGAUUCUCUACCCUCCUAUCUAUGUCACCGUUCUCAUUUCCUACCUUCCUCUCUCAUAUUCUUUAAAACAUGGCCUGUCUGUCCUCCUUGAUCCUACACACCCACAUCAUUCUCUGUCCCUCUUUUUUACCCCCCCCCCCCAUUAUAUUGUCUCUCUUCUCUUGACAUUAGUCUCACUUGCUACUCUAUUUGGCUCAGUUCGCACCAAUAUUUGUAUUUCCGAUGAAGAACGCGUUCCUGCCGCUAUCUCAUCACUUAAUAUUUCCCCCUCCUUUUUUGUUUUUUCACAUUUCCCCUGCAACCACUUUCUUCUUCACCCUCUCUCCUCCGCCUGAAUAAGGCAAGUCCAAUCUCAUCUAGUUAAGCAUUUAGAGAGACGGCUGAUCGCAGAAUAGAGAACUGUCUGAAGGGCUCAAAAUGGCACCGGCACAAAAGGGUAGAUGAAACAGAAAGGCCAGACUGCAGACAGAGCAGAGGGAUGGAAGGAGAGAUUUAUGGAGAGAAAUCCACAAAUGAGGAGAAAGGGAGUCACAGAGAAUGAUUUUGAAUGAGAUUAGAGGGAGGCAGAGCUGGGGAGAGACAGAGAGAAUGAGAGAGAAUGAGAGAGACCGAGAGAAUGAGGGACAGCGAGAAUGAGAGAGACAGCGAGAAUGAGAGAGACAGAGAGAAUGAGAGAGACAGAGAGAAUGAGAGAGACAGAGAGAAUGAGAGAGACAGAGAGAAUGAGAGAGACAGAGAGAAUGAGAGAGACAGAGAGAGUAUGAGAGAGAAUGAGAGACCGAGAGAAUGAGAGACCGAGAGAAUGAGAGAAUGAGAGAGAGAGAGAGAGAGAGAGAAUGAGAGAGACCGAGAGAAUGAGAGAGACCGAGAGAUUGAGAGAAUGAGAGAGACAGAGCGAAUGAGAGAGACAGAGAGAAUGAGAGAGACAGAGAGAAUGAGAGAGACAGAGAGAAUGAGAGAGACAGAGAGAAUGAGAGAGACAGAGAGAAUGAGAGAGACAGAGAGAGUAUGAGAGAGAAUGAGAGACCGAGAGAAUGAGAGACCGAGAGAAUGAGAGAAAGAGAGAGAGAGAGAGAAUGAGAGAGACCGAGAGAAUGAGAGAGACCGAGAGAUUGAGAGAAUGAGAGAGACCGAGAGAAUGAGAGAGGGUAAAUUGAGCAUCACAUGCUGCAUAUGGGUCUCUUAAUUAACUGUGCUAAAAGCUUUCUUAUUAGGACUGAUGCUCUACAGUGGAGGGAGGAAGAGAAAACACUCUCUUUCAGCUGCCCGCCGAGCCCAGCCUCAGAGACACAGAGACAGGGAAUAAGGAGGAGUUUACUGUAAAUGUUGUCCUAGGUGUGAAAGAAGAAAAGUUUGGGGCCAUCUGAUAAUAGAGUAACUGUGAAAGGCUGAGGCUACAGCGGAGCACCAAGCGACAGGUGUGACUGGAGAGGGAUUUCAUCCCCUCUGAUCAACACAGAGAGGAAUCUGUCUCUACUGACGUCAGAACAAAAGAUUUUCAAAAGUUUCAAGAACGCUACCCUCAAAGAAGCAAGGCUGGAGUCGGCAUGAAGAUACCGAGUCUUUGAAUGGGACUGAGUAUCAUGUCUUAUGAUUGGCCUCAGUUCAUUCUUUUCAAACACCAAAGCCUAAUAAUGGUUGACACGGUUUAAUGCUCGCAAUGUUGUUUGUUCAAGAACACUUUUCUGUCUCCUAGAAGACUAAUAUAUUUGGUGGGAUUCAGUUUUGGUAAAGGAACUGAGGCAUAGAAUAGAAUAUAAUAGAAUAGAAUAGAAUAGAAUAGCAGGAUCUUAGGCUAAACCUACUUUUAUUCUUUUUAGAUCAGUGGAAAUAUUCAGUCUCCUAAAUAUAUUCCAUCCCAUUCUGCCCAGCUCUGAGAGGGAAACGGAUAAGAUGAUGUGGACUCCGCUCCGAUUGGGAUAUGGCUUUGAGAUCAGACAUUCCGGGAUUCGAAGCGAGGGCUCUACUGAGAUAGAGUGCACUCUGUUACUCCCACAGCCAGCAGCAUUUUCUCUGAAGGAUUUUUUUCUUGGGAAAAUCCAAGCCCACACCAAGGCCUAAGGCAAGUGUACCGUAGGGCUGCCUGGGAGCAGUCUGAAUCCUGGAGGUGUGCUGUAUCUAUUUAUCCACUGCACCAGGACCCACAGGCUCCAGGGGAGACAGACUCACAGCUCCAGCUUGGACAAGACAAGGGCUGAAGGAGCCGGCCUGAUUUGAGAUCAUCGUUAGGAUUCAAGGAGCUAAGACGUUGACACCGAGAGGAAGGGAAGUUGAGACCGAGAGGAAGGGAAGUUGAGACCGAGAGGAAGGGAAGUUGAGACCAAGAGGAAGGGAAGUUGAGACCGAGAGGAAGGGAAGUUGAGACCGAGAGGAAGGGAAGUUGAGACCGAGAGGAAGGGAAGUUGAGACCGAGAGGAAGGGAAGUUGAUUAUCAGCACCAUGGCGCCGGAGGGAGUGGCCGAGCUGCGUGAUUGGCUGUUCCUGCUGAUGCUCUGCCUGACUCUGUUGGGCGAGGUGCUGGAGGUUGCUGCAGCCACAGGGUACGAUGAGGAGGAAGACUUGGUGUGCCCCUCAGUGUGCCGAUGUGACGAGGACUUCAUCUACUGCAACGACCGGGGCCUCAGCUCUAUCCCCCCUCUGCCCCCCUCUGCCACUGUGCUCUACCUUCAGAACAACCACAUAGACAACGCCGGGCUUCCCACCUCCCUGGAGCGGCACCUAACCGUCCGAGUGGUCUACCUGUACGAUAACGAGCUGGAUGACUUCCCCAUGCACCUGCCCCCUUCCCUCCGGGAGCUGCACCUGCAGGACAACAACAUCCGUACGCUUCCCCGCGCCACCCUGGCCCGCAUGCCACUGCUGGAGAAAUUGCACCUGGACGACAACUCUGUCUCCACCGUCAGCAUCGAAGACAAGGCCUUCGUUGACAACCCGCGGCUGCGUCUGCUCUUUCUGUCUCGCAACCACCUGUCCAGCAUCCCCUCUGGGCUCCCGGCCUCUCUGGAGGAGCUGAGGCUGGACGACAACCGCAUCUCCACCAUCCCCACCCACGCCUUCCGCGGCCUCUCCUCCCUGCGACGUCUCGUCCUGGACGGAAACCUCCUGGCCAAUCAGCGCAUCGCAGACGACACCUUCUCCCGCCUCUCCAACCUGACGGAGCUUUCCCUGGUGCGUAACUCCCUCCUGACCCCGCCACUCAACCUGCCCAGCACCCACUUGCAACGUCUCUCCCUGCAGGACAAUGCUCUGAUCCACAUGCCCCGUGGCUCCUUGGACGGCAUGAGGAGGCUCCAGAGACUAGACCUGUCUGGCAACAACCUGACCACCCUGCCUCGGGGCCUGUUCAAAGACCUGGACAGCCUGGGACAACUGCUGGUGCGGGGGAAUCCCUGGCACUGUGGCUGUAACCUGCGCUGGCUACAUGACUGGCUGCACGCUAGGGGUAACUCCAUCACGGUGAGGGGCCUUACCUGCCAGGCACCAGAAAAGGUUAGAGACAUGACCCUCAAGGACCUGACCAGCCAGAUGGAGGAGUGUGAAGUCACAGGGGUAGUGCCUGCCGGGGCCGGGGCUGGAGCCACAGGCAGUGGGACCAGAGACAGAGUGGGUGGAGUAGGAGGAGUUGUCGCUAGCUCCACCACCCUUUCCCCUCCACAGGGCUCUCUUUUCACCCUGCGCUCCAAGCGGCCCGGCCUGGGGCUACCAGACUCUGGUCUAGACUACACCCUGGGUAGCAGUGGAGUGGGUAAGAGCCUGGCUCUGAAUGUCAAGCCCCUGGCCCACGACAGCAUUCGUGUCACCUGGAGUGUGGCCCAGCCCACCUCCUCCUUCAGACUCAGCUGGCUGCGGCUGGGCACCAGCGCUGCCAUGGGCUCCAUCACAGAGACCCUGGUGAGAGGAGACCGCAGAGAGUACCUGCUCACCUCCCUGCACCCCCACUCCAGCUACAUCAUCUGCAUGGUGCCCCUGGCGGCCAGCUCCGGGGGUAAAGGAGCCAUGGCAGGCGGAGACACUGACUCAGAUGAAGCUCCAGUGUGCGCUAAAGCUGAGACGUCAGAUCCCAGUCAGCCAGAUGUUGGCCAGGAGGAUAACCAGGACCCUGAACACAUGGCUACUCUGCCUCUGGCUGGGAUCAUUGGUGGAGCUACUGUCAUUGUUUCUCUGGCCCUCAUAUUCGCCAUCUUCUGCUGGUACGGGCAUCGGGCCGGACGCCUGUCUUCUCGUGAUCAAUACAGCCGUGGCAGCUCCAGAAAGAGCAAGCACUACGAUGACUACAUUGAGUCAGGCACAAAGAAGGACACCACCAUCCUGGAGAUCCGAGGCCCAGGGUUCCAGAUGACGCCCAUGGUUACCCACCAGCCGCCCAAGCCCCUCCGGGAGGAUUACAUCAUCCACACUAUAUUCCCCUCCAAUGGCACCGGCCUCUACAAAGGUGCCCACCAAGUGUCCAAUGCAGGGUAUGGCACCAACCGUGGCUAUAGAGAAAGAGGGAUCCCAGAUAUAGACUACUGUUACACGUGAUAGACCUGGCCCGUUCCACACUGUUCUAGAUGUACUGUAUGGAUACUGUAUUUUGUCCGCAUGGGUUCUUCUGAAGAACCACUCUGUGCCUUCCUCUUCUAGUCUCCCAUUCCAGCUAAGCCAGCUGUUCACUGCACUGACACUAUUUGAAUAAUUGGCUGGGAUGCCUGCAGGAAACAGCUAGCUGGUACACAGCAGCAGGAGCCAACCAACGGCCCAUUACAGGUGUUGAUACAGACUGCUUCUUCACACCCUUAGUAAUGAUCAGUGGAUGUUUUCCAUCACUGCUCCCUCUCUCAGUGAGACAAGUGAGAAGAAUGUGCAGUCUGUGUUGAAACGGCAGGAUAUUUUCACUUACAGUACAGUUCCAUUCCAGGGCUUAUGUUUGGCAAGCCACAUGAGACACCAAGAUAUAAGGUUAACAAGUCCUGAAAAGAGUCAGAGAGACAAACUUCUUAGAUACGCAUCACUUGCCCACUGGCCAUAUUUUGCCCUCUUGUCUCAUCUGUUUAAAUGCCUCAACUAUCCUGAUGUGCCCAGUUUGUCCUAUCAGUUACCUGAAGACAAGGCUCUGUAAAGCUGUGAAUAGUUCUCUUUCAAACAGCCCACAUAACCGCUUGUCUUAAAGCAGACUAGUUGUGGCCUGAUCCAGUGGUUCCACAGGGUGAGGGUCUUGUCAGGGGUGAGGGUCUUGUCAGGGGUGAGGGUCCUUGAUGAUAUCCUUGAUGACUUUCCCAAGGUUCUAUAACGGAACAAUGCAUUGAAUUCAAUGCAGCCCAGGCUUGUAGACACUUUACUUAGAUAGACAUCCACUGGACUGUGUUUGGAGAAGUCAUUGUUCCCUGCUUGUUUAUUUGAUCAGUCCCUCACUGCUACCCUUAUUUAUUGGUUUUGUUUUUUGUGAUUUUUUUUGGGGGGGGGGGGGGGUGGUGACUCACACUGGACCAUGACUUUUGUGAUGGGGAAGUUACUCCUUCUUUCUUUUUUUGAGCAAGAAGAAGAUACAAAACACCUCCUGAGGUCCAACUGAUGGUUAACAUUUUCUUGACUGCACCAGCUUGAAUGUUUAUGUACACCUCUUUUUAAUUAAAAUAUCUGAAGCAAAAGAGACAUUGUCCGAUUACAAUACAGAAGUUGGUUAAUAAUAGAGCCCCCCCCCCAUUCUCAAAUCACUCCUUUGCAACAUACGAGUCCAACCUCCAUUCUCCCUCUUGUGCCUGUGUACUUAUCCAGUUACCUUAGAAGGUGGUGGUAAUCGGGUGAGAAGGGGAGCCUCCCUCACUAGAUGGCAUUCUGUGUUGUUCCCCAGUGGGCUUAUUCCCAACGGGGCAGAGGACUUCUGUGGAGCAUCCUGUGGACAGACACAGCAGUCAUGUAAAUGUGAAUCGGGAAAAUGAGUGUGUAAACAGCGAGAUAUAUCAGGUAGAUGAUCAAAACCGUAACACUGUGGACCUGCACUGUGGGAGGGGGCGAGGGAGGUGGAGGAUCUGAGGUGGGGGUGAGACGACAGUGGGGUGAGUUCUAUUUUAUUUUGUGUAGGCACUAGUGAUAGUCCUCAACUCAGUCCACUUCUCCUUCCAAGUAGCACUACAAAUGUAAAUGAAUCAGCACUUACAGUAACGUAACAGGGAGGGAGAGGGGCAGAGAAAUAGACCUUGAGAGACACAGAGGAAAAGCGAGAGACACAUUCAAAUGCAGAAGACGGCACAGAAAUGAUGGCUCUGGAACGACGGAGUUCAUCCGUGCAUAAACCUAUUUGUCAUACCCUGCUACUCCACAUUGCUGUAAUAUUUUCCAUUGCUUGUUUAUCACUUUACUGUUUCCAAGGUGGAAACAAAUCGUGUUUCCUUGGCUGUUCUGUCUGAUAGAAUUUCAUAGUAGGCUGACUGUCAGACAAUAUGUCUGAGGAGUGUUCAUUUUAUUUUAAAUACAAAAUGUGAAACUGGAACAACCAACACUGUUGGUGGCAGGUUCAUAUUUUGGAAAAUGUUGAUAGAAAUUAUAGCAAUUUAAUGUUAUUAAUUUUAUGCUGUUAACAUGACAAUCACUCAUUUCCACUUUAAGAUACCAUCCACACCCAUCUCUACAGGAAAAACAAAAAUACUGAGCCUACAAUUUUUUGUGAUAGUGUCCAUGUUAAGUGUACACCUGCUUAGAAAUCCAUUCUUGCAGAGGAGUCACAAUUAAAGUUGAAUCGAUCACAUUACAGCAACAAUGUCGCCAUUUCACCUCAUGAGUACAAAGAACUAUUUAAAUAUUGUUUUCCUGAUCUGAAAGUAACCACACAUUGGGGUAUUAGUGAGGGGAAGAAUCAUAUCACAGGUAACCAGCUUACAUACAGAAACCAGGCCUGCAUGUUUCACUGUUAAUUCCCAGUCGCCUCUAUUACUCCACCACUCUCCUAUAAAACACAUUGCAUUUCUUUGGUGUGCAAAUAUUGUUCCUAGUUGAGCUUGCAUGCCUAGAUGUGUGUGUUUGGGCAAAAUUGAGAGAGAGAAAGUACCAUUUCCAUUUUAGCUGACACUUUUAUACAUUUUCAUAUUGGUCCCCUGUGGGAAUCAAACCCUCAACCAUGGUGUUGCAAGCACCAUGCUCUACCAACUGAGCUACACAGAGCCUUAGUAGGUAUGCAGAUUGUGUGCAUCGCCGUAAGAGCAGGCAGCACUUGCGGUCAUUUUGUUUAGUUAUUUUGACCAUCUGCAUAUUUGACUGCUCCUGCUGACUGGACCAGCAGUUGGUUUGUGUGUGUGUGUACUGUGUGUGUGUGUGUACUGUAUGUGUGUGUGUGUGUGUGUGUGUGUGUGUGUGUGUGUGUGUGUGUGUGUGUGUGUGUGUGUGUGUGUGUGUGUGUGUGUGUGUGUGUGUGUGUGUGUGUGUGUGUGUGUGUGUGUGUGUGUGUGUGUGUCAGAUCGUGUGUCUCCUGACGAAUCAGAGUAGCAGUAGUUCCACCUGCAGCCCAUUAACACAGACGUCUCCUCCCCUUGCUCUAGCUUCACAGAAAGACCUUGUUUGCCGAGUCGGUGUUUCUGUCAAAAGAAUAUACUUCUUCUGUCUGUGCUCAGACCGAUGAGAACCGCACAAUAACAUAGAGCGCAAACGGGGUCAGCUUGGGAGUCGUCACCCAGCACACUUUUUUUUAAGCUUUCCGGGUGAAAUGGUGCUCUCAUCAUUUAUCAUCAUUAUCAUCCUUUAUUGCACAUUUAAAUCCACAUUCAGCGCGCCCUCUUCAUGCCCCUUCCCUUCGUGGAGUGCCCAUCACCCAACCCACACAGGAGGUGGAUGCCUUUGGUAUGCUGAGUGGAUCCAGGUUUCAGGCGCCAACUAACACAUGGGUCUGUGGUUUGAUGGUUUAAGAAUCAGAGCAAGGAAUUAUUUGACUGUUAUCAGUAGUGUGUGUUCUGUUCUUUCUUUCUUUUGGUCUGCCCUUCCAUAUUUUUCCUGUGUACUUUUUGUAGGUUGCUGCUGUUGAAACAUCCUCCUUUGUUGGACUCUGUGUUAUACUGAGGAACAAUUAACUAUUUUGUAUAAAGAUGUCUCUUUUCUAUGUGAAUAAAGGAGAUGUGCAAAGCC